GCCCAGCAGGGCUGCAUCACUGCUAGAGGAGAUGCUGGCACGGAGCCUCCCGCUGCACCGCGCAGCUAACAGGAUCGGCUGCAACUCAGGGUGCCCAAGGUAAGAGCAGAGUGUUCCCUCUCAAUGCUCGGGGGGGGAAAGGAGUGAGAAGACGCUGCCAGAAAGCCAACAGCUCCUGGGGGCUUGGUGCUGAGUGCCGGGGAGGCAGCCCAAGGGGCAGGGAAAAGCUCUCUCUAAAGAUAAUACAAAAGGUGCUGCUGAAAAUGAGGUUGCUCGAGGAGGCGGUUGGUGUCUGAGCUGCAGUGAAUCCAUGGGAAUCGUUGGGGGGCACCGUUAGUGCAGCGAGACUGGGGGGGGAGCAGCAAUUCCAACUUGCCCCGUCACGCUGCCCAGCUCCCUGUGCUCACAACGAGCUGCUGCCUUUUAUCUUCUUAACUUGGGCUGAGGCGAUUCUUAAAGAGCUGCUCACAGUGCAUGUCCAGGUUGGGGUGAGCUGCCGUGUCCGUCUGUGUGCCAGUGUGAAUGUUGCACCCUGGGCUGGGUGCAGGUGUGCAGCACCUUGCACACACUGACCCCACGCACACUGCUGCCCACCCAGCUGCCAGCACACCUAUGGGUCGCCCUCCCGUUUUCAUCCUUCCCAUACUUCUGGGAGAUCUUAAACACAGCUAAACUGAAACCUGCAGUUUGUCAGCUCUGUUAGGAAGGAUGAAAUGAAGGUACGGAGAGAAUGAAGCAUGGAGAGCUGACAGGGCUUGUACUCCAAGCAGGGCUGUCGUGGGAUGUCUCCAGUGAGAAGUUCCUGUGCAUGUGUGCAUGCACCUGUCCUUUCCCUAUGGCACAUCCAGAGCUAUAGGGACUGUUGUUUUUUUUUUCUCUGAUAGAACAACUGUUGUUUAAGGGAAAAUUUACUUGUGUAUGCUGCAGUAGUAUAACCAAACCCACUGAAGUCCCAUUAAAAAUCAUGGAUAGGAACUGGAUUCAUAAGUAGUGUAGUUGUCAUAGAUCACCUUCUCUCAGGGAAAAAAGAAAAAAGAAUAAGAGUAACAACCCAAUGAUUGUAAUGUAUAGGUCGGGAGGAUUGCAGUGCUCAGGGAAACCUGUGCUGUGUUGAGAUCAGGCACUUUUAAGCACAGCACCAGAGCUUAAAGGGCUUUCCUGCCGUGGGCAGAAAUUACAGUGAGUGCUGCACAUCCUGAAAACUGCUGCCUCAUGUCUGCUCUGGUUCACCAGCAUUAUCCUUUGGGAGAAGAGAGAGGAAAAGGGUUAAUGCUUUGCCUUAUGUAGCCAGAUGCUGAAUGCACAGUAAAACCUCCGUGUCCUCUUAGGGUGCAGUGCUGAGCCAGGGGUCUGUCCCUGCAACAGAAAGAGGGGGGGCAUGCAUGAGGUCCUGCUGGGCUCCCAGUGCCUCCUCUCUGCAGGGCCCUGCUGGAGAGCCAUGCCCACUUGUAUCAAAUGGAGCCACCUUUGGUUUUCCUGAUGUGAUUUUGCAAAAGCGUAAUGGGAGCACUGGGGAAACCAUACAAGGGCAUCAAAGCCAAGCAGAAAACACCCACCAAUAGACAGCCUCCCUGGUCAUCUUACCCCUUGGAGCAUCAGUGUGAUUUGCACCCACUUAUAUGCUGGGACAUCAGUCAAUGAAAAUGUCUGUUACCCGAUUGCUGUUUCUUGAGGGAGCUGAGUUGGAGGUGCAAGCCCAGAUUUCAUGUAUCCCUCUAACAGGCACAGCUGGGUGCUAUCUGAGAGGCAGCCAGGCAGCCUUGCCCAUGCAGAUAUGACCUCUGUAACUCUGGCUGCAUGUCUGCAGGUAGGGUAUGGGCAUCAGCUUUUAGAAGUGCUUUCCAAGUGGAUGUGAGAAAUCUCAUGGUGAGCCUAAAAGCACGUGCCAUGGUAUUUGGUACAGGGGGUACACGAGUUUAAUUUCAAAACUGGGAUUGAGCCAGUCUGUCCCUGUAGGGAAAAAUACAGGAUGGUGAAGAAGUGGUUCUAUCUUGCUCUUGAAGCAGGCUGCCCAGGGAUUUGGAGUCACAGUCCCUGGUGGUGUCCAAGAAACAUGGAGAUGUGGCACUGAGGAACAUGAUUAGUGGGCAUUGUGAGGAUGGGUGAGUGUUGGACUGGGUGAUCUUUUCCAACCUUAAUUAUUCUGUGAUUCUAUGAUAACAACUUCUGAGUUGGGGGCGUUGUCUUUGGUGCAAGAAAAUGCACCAAAGGGGGAAAUGCAAAUGACAGAGAACCCCUGUGUUGAUCAGCUCUGGAGACUGUGGUGAUGCAGAUCUGGGUUUAGAGAAGCCCACCCUUGGUGCAGUGUAGGUCAGGCUCCAUCCUCACGCACACUUGGUGCCAGCCCCAGCUUCUCCUUCUCCCACUCCUGGCCUGGUGACCAAAUCCUGGGGUGAGGAAUGGUCUUGCUUUGGAAGCUGGAGCCAACCUCCAAGGUCUUCUUUCUGCAUUGUCAGCCUGGCAAAUUCAUUUUUCAGACCAUGAGUUGAAACUUAUGAAAUUGUUCUUGUCUGAGAAGAUUAUGGAAUUACUCCCAUGCUAAUCAAUGCAUUAAUGUUACGGCGACUAAAAGUCCCAUUAGGGCUUUGACAGCCAAAUAAAGACACUGGAGGAUAACACAGCCUGCAGUGGCUGUGCCAGACCUCACUUCACGUCUGCAGCAGGUGGGAGGAGGAGAAUGGCUGAAGCUCCCCACUAUGUUCCUGCUUCUGUGUGGGCAGUAGGGAAGGCACCACAAUAUCCAGUGCUUUUCCUUCUCUGCAGUUCUCCAGCAAAUAUCCAUCUGUGGGGCAGCUCUGCUGGUUGCAGCAUCCUGCUGUGGGAUUAUCUAAGAUUAGCACUACCCUUCUUUCCUCUUGAGGCAUUGAUGCCAUGCUGUGUAGUUUUGGACCAUGACACAUGUCCCCACAUACAUGGCAAAACAACAUAGCCAGGACCCCAACAACUGACCCCUGGGGUGAGAUGGGACAGAGCACAGGAGCUGCAAGGCAAAGGGAAGGCUGCUCUAUAUUUGGGUGUGGGAUCUGCACAGAAGGGCUAAUCCUCUUUCCUCGAAUUAUCCAUCCUGAGGAUUAAACUGUGUUAAACCCACUGGGCCUCCCCCGCUGGAAGGGGACAGGGCUGGGGGUGCGGGCAGGUUGCUGAUGACUCACGGCUGCUGGCAGCCCUGCUGAGCUCUCCUGGAGGUCACCAGAGGCCCAGACGCAGAGUGACACACGAGUGACGUGUGGCGAGAAAGGGAACAUGGUGGUGUCCCGAUUAGGAAAGAACACGGAGCUUUAUAAAUAAUUGCAGAGAUGAGGGAGUGUGGCAGAAGGUAGGAGGAAGGACAGGAGAUCCAAAGCUGCACUUUCCCAAAGUGGAAGAGCCUCACCAGACUUUUCCAAGCUCUGUCUUUGUUAAUCAGAAAAAUGAAUGCUUUUUGGAUUGCAGCCAAUGCAUCUGAGAUGCUUCCAACCUACCUUCUCUGGCUGGCUCUGGAAAUGUGGUUCUGGGGACAAGUUCAGGUUCAUCUGUUCGGAGUGCGAAUGAAUCACUGUCAGUACCCCAUUAAAAUGAUGAAGGGAGGCAAAUAACACAGCUCAGGGACAGCGUGUAGGAGGAAUAGUGUGCGAGGAGGGCAGCAGUCAGAAUGGCACCAAAACCAAAACGGGGAUCUGCUGCUGUUUCUCCUGGUCUGGCAGGCUGAGGUGGGUGGUACAAGUGAUGAUCUAAGUCUGGACUUGUCAUGGGGCCAUUGCUUUUCAUCAGUCUCUGGAAGCUGGAAUCCAUCUCAGCACUGGUAUGGUCUACCUUCCUUUCUUGCAUUUAAAUCAGUUUACUCCAUUUCCCGUGGUCCAUCCUACAUGACCCAAAUCAGGGAUUGGAUCCAAUUGUAUUUUCCUCUUCACAGAACUGAGAUAAAUGGGAAGCCUCACCUUGAUGUUCAGCAUUCCCAGCAUCUAGAGGCUGUCAUUUAAAUAACUUCAGAGUAGCUUCAUUUGAACAGGGUAUAAUGACUGUGCUCCCACCUCCCAUUUCGGAAGGGAAAUACCUUUGACUGCGAGUGAGGUAAGAACUAGAAAUCACCAGGAAAAGCCUGGUUAGAAGAGAGAGAGAGAGCAAAAAGGGGGAAGACCAUGGGAAACCUCUGCCUUUAACGCUGACAGCACUUGAGACCACACAGCUCAGUAGAAGAGUGUGUGACACACAGGAAAGAAAACACCGCCUCCUACAUCUGUACAACACAGGUUUUCCCUCAAGUGGGAAGUAAUAUAAGCUCCAUCAACCCCAAAAAGCCACAGGAAAGCUGCCCAGGACAUGACCUUCACCUCCAUGAUGAAUCAGGAAAAACCUGUCAAGUCCUCCUAGCUCCCCGGCUGUGCCAUUUGCUGUUCCCUUGCUGUUCACCAGACAGCAGCCCCAGCUCUUCCCACCCAAAGCAAGGAAGAAGUCAGCAAACCACACAUGACAGCUGAAAAGUGAAGCAUUAUCAAAAGCUGUGUGAGACUGUCAGAGAGAAACUUUAUAUAGUAGUUCUCCUUCUGAGCCUGGGAAGCCGUGCAUUACAUUAGUUAGAAGGAAAAGAGAGAAGAAAUGCUCAAGUAACUGAGACCUGAGAUUGCACAAAUCAAUACAUAUAUUUGAAUAACUACAUACAGUGUUCAGAAAUCUGCAUUCACAAUGGAUGAUGGAUACAGAAACACAAACCUCUAUCAAGGGGGCAGGGAGACAAACCAAGUCUCAGAUGAUUACAGGUACCAGGAUGGUAACUACGAGGGGUAUGCACCCAAUGAUGGCUACUACCGUGGUGGGGACGAGCCCACUCAUGAAGAAGAUGCCCAGAGUGAUGUUACAGAAGGCCAUGAUGAAGAUGAUGAGGUCUAUGAGGGGGAGUACCAAGGAAUCCCACACCCAGAUGACAUUAAAGCCAAGCAGAAGAAGCGAGCUCCUGCCAUGGAUGAUGAGUACAGAGACCGUGCUGACCUUAUGGCAGAGAGGAUGGAGGAUGAGGAGCAGCUUGCCCACCAGUAUGAAAACAUCAUUGAGGAGUGUGGCCACGGACGCUUCCAGUGGACCCUCUUCUUUGUUUUAGGGUUGGCACUGAUGGCAGAUGGGGUAGAGCUGUUUGUGGUCGGAUUUGUUCUGCCCAGUGCUGAAAAGGAUAUGUGCUUAUCCAGUUCAAACAAAGGCAUGCUAGGCCUGAUAGUCUACCUGGGAAUGAUGGUGGGGGCUGUCAUGCUGGGUGGCCUUGCUGAUAAACUGGGAAGAAAGAAAUGCCUCAUCAUAUCACUUGCAAUCAAUGCUGCCUUCGCCUUCCUGUCCUCUUUUGUCCAGGGAUACGGAUUCUUCCUUUUCUGCCGCCUUAUCUCAGGCCUCGGUAUUGGGGGAUCCCUCCCCAUCGUGUUUGCCUAUUUCUCUGAAUUCCUGUCUCGUGAGAAGAGGGGGGAGCACCUGAGCUGGCUGUGCAUGUUCUGGAUGAUCGGUGGUAUUUUUGCUUCAGCGAUGGCUUGGAGCAUCAUCCCACAUUACGGCUGGGGGUUCAGUAUGGGAACCAAGUAUCACUUCCACAGCUGGAGAGUCUUUGUUCUGGUCUGCUCCCUGCCCUGCAUCGCCUCCUUGGUAGCACUGAAGUUCAUGCCUGAAAGCCCGCGGUUCCUGCUGGAGAUGGGUAAGCAUGAUGAAGCCUGGAUGAUCCUCAAGCAAGUUCAUGACACCAACAUGCGGGCCAAGGGCGAGCCAGAGAGAGUGUUUACGGUUUCUUAUAUCAAAACUCCAAAGCAAGUAGAUGAAUUCAUUGAAAUUCAGAGCUCGACAGGGACUUGGUACCAGAGGUGGCUGGUCAGAAUCACAACCACCUUCAAACAGGUCUGGGACAAUGUGCUAUAUUGUUUAACAGCCCAGUACAGGAUGAACACACUGAUGCUGGCUGUGGUUUGGUUUACUAUGGCCUUAAGCUACUAUGGCCUUAUUGUCUGGUUCCCCGACAUGAUCCGCUAUCUCCAAGAAGAGGCCUAUGAGUCCCAAGUGAAGGUCUUUGAUGAGGAAGAAGUGUCACACUUCACCUUUAAUUUCACCCUCGAGAACCAGAUCCAUAGAAACGGGGAAUACAAAAAUGAUAAAUUUAUUGGCAUGAAAUUCAAGGAAGUGAGAUUUGAGGACUCACUGUUUGAAGACUGCUACUUUGAGGAUGUGACAUCCAGCGAAACCUUCUUUGAAAACUGCACCAUCAUCUCUACUGUCUUUUAUAACACCGAUCUCUACGAACACAAAUUCAUCAACUGCAGGCUGAUAAACACCACGUUCAUGAAGGAGAAGGAAGGCUGCCACCUGGACUUUGAGGAGGACAAUGAUUUCUUGAUCUACUUAGUCAGCUUCCUUGGCAGCCUGUCCGUGCUGCCAGGAAACAUCAUCUCCGCACUGCUUAUGGACAAAAUAGGGAGGAUAAAGAUGAUCGGUGGCUCAAUGCUGAUCUCUGCGGUGUGCUGCUUCUUUCUCUUCUUUGGCAACAGCGAGUCGGCGAUGAUUGGCUGGCAGUGCCUCUUCUGCGGGGCCAGCAUCGCCGCAUGGAACGCCCUGGACGUGAUCACCGUAGAGCUCUACCCCACAGAUAAAAGGGCAACAGCCUUUGGCAUCCUCAAUGGGCUUUGCAAGUUUGGUGCCAUCCUGGGGAACUCAAUCUUUGCCUCCUUUGUAGGGAUAACCAAGGUGGUUCCCAUCCUUCUGGCUUCCUCUGCUCUGGUUGGAGGUGGCCUGCUUGCUUUGCGCCUCCCAGAGACUCGAGACCAGGUCCUGAUGUGAGCAACUGAGGCCAGGGAGGUCAGGGGUGGACGUGGAAGAAGAACUAAAAAGAGCCAUGUUUGGAAAAAUCAAAAUGUCCUUUUCUAUACUGUUUUGAUGAUACCUCAAAGAGAGGAGGCAGAGGGGGAAAGAAGAGCCCAAAGGGAUAAAAAUGAAGCCCUUUAGUAUCCGACCCUUUUACAGCCACAAUUGGUGCAUGCAGCUACUACACAUGCCCUGCAGAGCUUUGCUGUUUGGGUUUAACCUUGCCUACACUGGGAUCCUGUCCCUUCCCACUCCAUCCCAGUGUAGCAACACAAGACAGGAACAGUGGCUUUCUGCAUGCGUGUGCCUGCACGGAUGUGAGCGUGUCCGACAGGAGAGCAAACCUUGAUCCUGCCUGCCUUUGCUGAGCUGUGAGACCCUGCCUGCCUUGCCAAGCACUCCCUGGCAACUCAAAUCCACUGUGCUCAACUGUGCAAGGAAACUGAAUGGGAGGCAGGUAACAAACCUGCUCUAGAUCACAUCCAGCAGCAGGGUGCAGAGCUGCAGAUGUGACUAGUGACCUUAUCUGUCUUGAUUUUGGGGUCAUCACCUUAAAGAGUGAGAGUGUUCGGAAGGAUUUGAGGGUGGGUGCUCAGCUCUCUCAGAAGAGCCAGAGCUUCAAAGCCCUUUACUAUCUUCACUUGAGCAUAGAGAUUACUAGGCACUUUCUUGGUCUGGGAAAGAAGUAUAUAUGUCAUUAUAUAUAUAUGUAUUUUCACAUACUUGCAAACGUACGUGCACACAUUGAAGUGAUCAGCUACUGAAAUUUACAAUUCUAAAUUUCUGCACUGUUAAAAUAUAUUAAGAGAGGCACUAAAAUCUAAUCCUAUUAAUUCAAGGUCACCUGGAGUUACAGCCAGCUUGACGAUGCAUUUUUCUUUAUAUCCAGACACCAAAUAUUUAAAUGUAUUGAUGACUGGGACUAUAUAUUUCUAUGACGAUAAAGAUUCUUUUUUCCUACAGACUUUCAUGGAGGGGAAAUUGACACGAUGUUGGAGCAUUCCACAAACCAAAUGUGUACAUAUUAUCCAGUGUAAAUAGGAGACUUUUUCUCUAAUGUCUAGAGUAUGGUAAUUGAGAAUUUACCAGCAUUUUAGCCAUAAUAGUUAAAGAAUAUGAUGCUUCAUUUUCUUAUAUAUUUGGGUCUCACUGAAAUACUGUAAGCACAGUUACUUAUAGCCAUUUAACUUGUUACACGGGCAAUGCACACAGCAAGCUUGCACUGUACAGAAGAUGAUAUUCUCCAUCAGGUGGGCAGUUCCACUUGAUAUCCUGUAAAGACCAUUCCUGAAUUUCAUAUGCCCCUUUUAUUGUUGCACCUGGAAGUAAAGUGAGCUGUGUAUUUUUGGAUAUAUUUUGGGGGGGAGCAAGACUUAAACACAUACUGUUAAAUAACACCUUAAUGCUCAUAAAUACCUAGAUAGUGCUAAUUAGAUCCUUUCAACAAGCUCAGUGAUAGACCAGAAUUGAUCAGAAAUGGUCAAAUAAUGGAGGGUAUUUAUCUCACCAGGAUGUUUUCUGACACAAAAGGUUCUUUUGUACCUUUGCUCGUGACCUUCCUUUUACCUUUCUUUGGAUCCCUCUUUUUUUCUCCUUUUAUUUUUAAGAAAAAUAAGCAGCGCUAUGCUGAAAUCCAGCAAGAUUGCAGUCUAACACCUCUGCCUUCAGCUGCACAGAGGUGGUCACACACACACCGAGUGUACCCCCACACAGCUGUGACACUGAGUGUGGGCCUGCAGCUCAGGACAGGUGAAGGACAAAAAACGUGGUGAAAUCACAAGAAGCAAAUCCUUGCUAAUGAGACAAAACCAUCUACAGAGCAUCACUUCCAUCCUUGUGUCAACUGGGGAUAAGCACUUAAAGAGCAGCUAGGUUCCAAUGGGCUAUUUGGGAUUUUUAAAGAUUUAUUCUGAGGUUUACGAAAUUGAUAAAAUCAUAAACCACUGUAAUAGCCGGGCUUAUUAUGCCUCAUUUCUUCAUUUUAUGGGUAGCUUAGGGCCUUUUUGAUUGUCUUCAAAACAGCAAGGUUCCUUCUGUAAGGUAGGAGGGAAUGUAAUUAUGUCCUUUGGCAGCGGAUCACAGAUUCUGUUGAGAACCACAACCCAGAACGUGUGUUUUUCCUCUAAGAACGCCUGGUACUUUUGCACGGUGAGAAGCAGUCAAAUAUGUAUUUCAACACAAAAGAUCACCACAGUCUUUAUGUUCCAUCCUUUCUGUUUGGCUCUGCAUGCCGAUGACUGCAUUGAGUUUGGGGACGGGGUGGGGGGAAGUUUAUUUAAUGGUCAGGGUUAUUUUGUUGUGCUGCUCUGUGGAGCCAGAACUCCUCUGUAUUUAUUUUAUGAAGCACUCUUAGAUAUAUACAUAUCCCGGGCUCUGACAGCAAACCUGGCUAUUUGUGUUCUCCAUAUAUAAUAGUGAACACAUGUGAUCCCUCUUGGACACCAUGUCUAGGAGGUGAGGUAGCCCUGUUCUGACACCUCCCAGCCAACUGCAGCAUGGACAAGACACAAUUGUCAACAUUUCUUUACUGUCCUUGUCACAAUCCAAAUGAGGCUUCGCACUGUUGCUCUCAGGAGCAAAGUGAUUGCUGGGUGCAGCCCCCUCAGCAUUGUCUGUGUUUUGAUGUGGGUCUGAAUUUCAAGAUGUGUGCUGUGUGCUGAGCCCAAGCCACGAGGCACCAAGCACCAUGCAUGGGAAGUUCCCAUCAGGCACCUCCUCUGAUGGCUCAGCUUCGUUUCUACUGUAAAAUCAGCAUUAUACUGCAGUGCAAGGCCAGCAUGCCCUCCAGCGGUUCUCUUUGCCUACAUUUGCCACAGUGAACAGUCUCCUUGUCUUGGCGUUUUGAGACUCUGGACUAUCCACAGAGAAGAGGAAAAUUCCAGCUGGUCACAAGCCCAGGGCUGAGCUCUAUUUCCUCGGAUUCAUGAACUUUUCAGCAACAAGGGCACUGAGGACUGAGACAGGGGACUUGCCUUAAAUCCCAAAGACCUCUUCUUGAGGACAGCUGGACUUCUUCAUGUGUACGUGGCACACCAAUCCAGCCGCUCAGCCAGGGACUGUGGCAUGGAACAGGUGCAGGGACAUGACCUGGUCUACUGUGUCUUCAUGUGCAGAAAGAGUAUUGGGAUCCACAGGAGCAGUUCAUUACUGGGUUUCUGAGCACGCAGAAACAGGUAUUUAGAGGAACACGAAGCACUGUUAUUACUGUUGUAGAAGACCAAUGGUAUUACAGUAAGAUUUCUGCCUCCUUGUAUUCCCUGUAGAUUAAACUGAUUGUUGUACUCCUAUUUCUUUACUUUGGUUGUGCAGCACUGCUUCUGCUCUCACCUUUCAUGGUGCCACAUCUUGCCAGCGGUGGCUGUGCUUGGGACUGGAUGGGCAACUCCCUGCUUGCCCAUACGAUCCUCAGUCCCCUUAAAACGCUGUAUGACUCAUAAACAGCCAUGUAUGGAUCUUGUGGACAAAGAAAAGGGGUCUCUCUUGGAAAACACAAGCCCAGAGCCAGUUGUUUUGCACUCCGGUCAGGCAGCUGAUGUCCUUAGGUGAUGUGCAAUAAGUGAUAUCCCCUGAGCCUGGGAACAGUCCAGCUCCUCGGUCGGGUUCACGCAUGGGCACAGAGCUAAGCUGCAUGGAGCUGAGCUUUCUACAGACCUGAAAGUCUCUUCUGGGUCCUGCUUUGAGACUUCCAGCAACAGAGCACGCUCGGAGAUUGGUAAGGAAGUCUUAGGUCCAUUUGUGUCUCCUGCUUACGUCCUUUGACUCUCCAAAGGACACGGAAAUCUCAAGAAUAUGUUUUUAGGUCUACGUAGAUCUGAGCCCAAUACGUCAUAUUUCCACGAAGUUUCUUCCUUUGGUUUCUCACCCUUGUGUUAGCAAAUGCUGCUUUUAGGAAGAAUCAAGCCUGAGAACUGUGAAGGAAGGAAGGAAAAUGAAUGAAAUUUCUUUGCUGUAUGUAACGCUAGUGCUUGCAUUCACACACUGCAGGUUACACUGCAAAUAACACCCCGUGUUGUGCGUGUUAUGAAAUACUUCAUUUAGAUGUUCUGUCUGCUGUGUGUGUGAAAUAGCCAGCUCCAAUUUCUCUUCUCCUUUUCUUCAUUUACCCCUCCCUCUCUCUUUUUUCUUUCUUUCCUUCUUUUUUUUUUAAGAUUUGAUCUGUGUCUGGUUGUCACUGGAAAUUGCAGCUGUUCCAAUGGACUUUGUUUUUGUUCCUCUUGUCACAUUAAAAGGCUGGAAGAAAAAGAAUGA